UUUAUUUUUGUUUAAUUUCUUCAAAUCUGCUUUGUGUUUUCAUUAUCUGUUCCACAUUCAAACAAUGUUUAGCAAUCUAAAUAAACAAGUUACAGCCAAAUUUCGAAGUACGCGAAACAAAGUUGCCAGCAAACCGAAUCAGCCAAAGACCCCGCCCGCAACAACAAUAAUGCCUGUGAGAUCCGCAAGAAUGGGAGCAGCUGUUGACUUGUCAAGCAACCAGCUUAAACCCGGCACAAAGUCGUCGGCAACAAUGCCGAGGAACCAAGUGAAGCCUCAACCGGAACCGCAGCCCACUAAGCCGCCAGCUAAAUCAACAACCAGCUGCACUGGAUCUGAAGGCGAACAGAGGCUUAAAAUUAAGUCUGCAAAUAACGUUUCGUCAAGAAUGCGCGCAGAAGCUGCCACGUUACCUAGGAACUCUCAAUCCUUUCCAUUGAGCAAACGCGUCUUUCGCCCCUCCGCCUCCAAAAUCUUUGACUAUGACCUAUCCAAGGAGGAGAAACGCUAUUUUGGCCAAUAUCACAAUCCAAUGAAAUCUGUGCCAGCUGAGGAGCUGCAGCUGCUGAAAACUGGACAACGUACAACAUAUUUGGAGACGCGCUACGCACACACCCCUGAUGCUAAGUACAAUUAUCCGGAGGCAACCAGUUGGCGAUACGGUUGGUUCCAUCGCAAGGACGCUGUCAAUUAGGGCGAAAAACUGGCUAGGAUCGUCUUUGGCGAUUUUUGUCAUAUCUUGACUAUCCAAUAUCCAAAGUAAUCCGCAUUUAUUGGAAAUAUCACAAUUUUUUUUUUAAAUAUUUUGCGCUAUUUUCUACGGCUUUUCUGCGUUUUGUAACCAAACCCCAUUUAAAAAGUCUUGUCAUAUUCUAACUUGUAUCGAACCAAAAUUUUAGAAAGUGUAACUUUUUCAUAUUUAUACUGA